CAUUCGACUUUUAAUUAUCAGGUCACAGGCUCGAGUAAACCCUGCGGAACACUUUGUUGUUUAUUGCGAAAUAUUGUCACGUUUGCUUAUAACGGAGAAGAAUCAUUGCAAAAGGAAAAAAAAAUUUUGGAAUAUCACUUUUUAUUGAAUAAUUUACGUUAAUAACAACAUUUUUCAGGGGGCGACGUUUGAAAGAAUUUGUAAUGUCGAAUAACAACUAGACGGAACACAGUAUAUCAACAUAGGGAAAAUAUCAAGAUGAAUAUCUGAAUGAACAAAACGCUGGAUUUAGUUUGCGGGUCCCGGGUACAAGGCUGUAUAAGCGUGUAAAUUAAAGUAACUAUUAUUUUUUCAAUAAAAUGAAACCGACAUGGUUGUUUAGAAGUCAAUCGGUUGUCCAAAGCCUUUUUGAUAUUCUUCAAUAUAUCUGUUUUCAUUUUUCUUGCUGCGUUAUGAAUGAGACGUGCCAUAAACACAAUGUGUAUUUAAACGCUGGAUUUGGUUGCAGGUCCUGGGGACAAGGUUGAUUAAGCGCGCAUAAAUGGAUGAGAGCUUAUAUCUUUUCUAUAAUAUGGAAACCAACUUUGUUGUUCAGACUCAAGCCCUUUUGUAUUCUUAUAUUUUGUUUACAUUUUUCUUGCUGUGUUUGCUAUUGUGAAUGAGAAGUGCUGUUAUAACUAUGUUGUUAAAUUCUUCAAAAAUGUCCUGGGAACGAGGUGGAUUUUUCUUGUAGUCUGAGGUCAACAACAAAAAAGAACUGGAGACAAAAUAAAGAAUAUUUUACCUCCUGUUAAAAAUAAAUUUGCAUUCUGCCUUUUCCCACAACAGAUGUCGAUUCACUCUCCACCAUCUAAUUUACUCCCUCCACCGUAUUGUCACAAUUUACUUGAACGAAUAUCAAUGGUGGAAUUUUCAACUUCUGUACUUGUUUAAAAAUAUAGAGUCAACAAGAAAAGUUAAUAUUGAUAUUGAAUGGUUGCUGUGUUGUUGGAUACGACUCGUUUAUUUUUAACUCCAGGUAUUCACGUUGCAUGUCUGUUGUGAAAGUUGAAGUUUUGUUAACAUCUGCUCGUUAAGAAAUAAAUUAUCGAUAUAGAGUAAAAACUCGAAUGUACAUAUUGAUAAACAUAGCGAAUUCGUUUCAAAAAUGACGGCUGCGUUAUCUGUCUGCCAUUUUUAUUUAACUGUCAAUUCUGUCAUGAUUUCACAACAGUUCAGUCAUUCUGCAAAUUACACCCUUUGUGAUUAUUACACUUACCGCAUUUCUAAAAAUAGCAGUAGCGUCUACAGGCAGUAUUAUGUUCUGGAAGUCAUAUGGUUAGCAAGUAUUUUAGCGAACAGUCAGAAGCCAACUGUUGAUUGCGAUAAAGAUUUUAUCGAUGUGAGAAUAGGUGACAUGUCUUUUCAAAGAUUCUGUUAUCCCAACCAACCUUAUCCACUGUAUUCACACAACCAACCAAUCAACAUUACACAUUACAGAUCACGUGAUACGCAAAUUAACGUUACCAUUACAACCAGGUUAAUAUACACGCAGAAUCGUUCGAUUGGAUAUAAAAACAGUUUUUGCAGAAACACGUAUCCUUCGACUUUACACGGAGUACUCUUCUCACCACGUUACCCGUACGGAUACAAAGCUGAUACGAAAUGCACGUAUAAAAUAAAAGUUGGGAAGAGAAAGAAAGUUGUGUUGACUUUUAUGGAUAUGAUGUUAAGUCCGUAUGGUUUUGUUUGCAAUGAGAGAGAUGAUAACAUCCGAAUAAAAGGGGCGUCAAACUACGACAUGCGAUUUGAAUACGCACAAGACGUUGACACAAAUCGUAAAUACAUCUGUGGCACGCAUGCGCCGUUCACAUUGGAAGUGGCAUCUUAUGAGUUUGUUCUUAUUCAGUUUAAAUCAUCUUACUCGACAGUUAUUCACAGAGGCUUUGUGGUUGGCUUUCAAACUAAAGAUUACGAGGGCACAAGUUAUUCACGUGAGCAAGUGGUGGUGGCGCUAAUAGCCACAGCGGUGGGCGUAGUUUUUAUUUCCAUCCUGGCCGUUAUUGCUUACUUUAUCAAGAAAAACAAAUUGUUUUAUCUGUUGAAAACAUCAGCAAGACAGAGUUCUGUUAUUAGUAUCGAUAUUUGUGAAGAUGAUGAAAUGUGCGCUGCUAAUUUGGAGCGAUUGAAUGAACUCUUUCGCGCGUCCAGCCAAUGAUAACAGAAAUCGCCGACCUCCUUCGUGUGCCCAAACAAUGACAACAGAAAUUGCCGAACUCUUUCGUGCGCCCAACUAAGGUGACAGAAAUCGCCACUCGUUCGUGUGUCCAGCCAAUGAAAACACAAAUGAUAUACUUUGCGUCACCAGACCAGAUCGAAAAAAGGGUUUGGACAAAAAACUUUCGCGAAUCGAGGAAAAAGGUUAUUUUUGCGUAAAAUAACUUUUGCGAAUAAGGAAACAAUAAGAUUUUUUUUUAAUUUUUUAUAAUUUUUCUUGAUUUGUUCAACGUAAAAAACUGAUUUUUUAACUUUCCACUCAGAAUCAGUUUCGCCAUCACAAUGUA